AACAUAACGUUAUUUCCAAAAAAACAAAACAUUUUAGUACUUAUCACGUUACCAACUUGUCAACUUGAAAUGUGAGGAACACCAACCACAUACUUCAAAAGAAAACAUUUAAUGAACAAGUUGUUGAAUUAAUACCGAAAUUAUAGUUGAGUUUAAAUUUUAGAUAAAAAGAAAAAACAAUUAGAGAAAAUCUUAGAAUAUGAAUGAUUAUGCAUACAAAGUUGAAAGAAUGAAUCGCUUAAUUCAAUGGAGAGUUCAUAAUUUAUCAACAUGCACUUAUAUGAAAGCUGAUCCAUUCAAAAUAGCUAUGUGGAAUUGGCAUUUAUCAAUUGAAAAGAAUUGUGGUUUACGUAUUGAAUUAUAUCCAGAAAUUUCCAAAGAAAAUUCUUAUCCAAUUGCAUCUUUCAUAAUUAGUAUUUAUGGUGGAAAUAGCAAAAUCUUGACUCAAUCAGAAAUAAAAGAUAAAGUUCUUAGCAAUAAGGAUUGUUUUGUUUGGGAGAUUGAGGUUCCAUUACCUGGAAAAUUUAUAAUUGACAUUGAGUUUCUUGAUUUGAAAACUACAUGUACAAAGGGUGGAGAAGCUUGUUCCAUUUGGUCUAAUGGAUUUAUACAGAAAAUACAAAAUGCAACAGCCCUUGAAUCGCUUGGUCGAAUGAUAAGAGAAGGUAUCUAUACAGAUAUAACAAUCAACGUUAAUUCCGAGGGAAGCAUAAAAGCUCAUCGAGCUAUUCUUGCUUCACAAUCACCGGUUUUUCGCAGCAUGUUUUCGCAUAAUGUUAAAGAGACCGAUUUGUCUACCAUAAACAUCGAAGACAUGUCAAUCGAAGCUUGUCAAACAUUUAUAAAUUUUCUUUAUGGAACUGUCAAUGAUGAUGAAUUUCUUAUGCAUAGACUAGAUCUAUUGCACGCCGCAGAUAAGUACGAUAUUUAUGACUUGAGAGAGGCGUGUGAAAAGAGUCUUCAAGAAGACAUUGAUGCGAAAAAUGUACUCGAGAGACUUCAACUUGCAUCUUUCUAUAGAUUAACAAAGCUGAAGAUUAGUUGUAUGCAAUAUCUUGUAAAAUUUGGUAAAAUAUAUGAUGUUCAAGGUGAUUUAACUACCUUCUUGCAAACUGCAGAUAGAGAUUUGAUUUGUGAAGUCUUUCACGAAAUUCUUGAUGCAUGCAAAAAGUAACAUAGAUCUUCCAACAUUUUAAAGAUAGGAAGACUAUAUGUUAUUUUUUUUAUCGAUUGCAAUGUAGAUAUAUAGGUAGUCUCUUGAUUUGGAGCUAUUUAUUUUUAACGGCACAACUUGUUACCCGUCUAUCUUUUGUUUAUGUCUAAUUAUUUUAUAUAUAUAAUUUCUCUUAUCUUUGUAAAAAAAAUUUAACAAUCUUGUAUAUAUUUUUCUA